AUGCUUGAUGCACCCACCAGAUUACGCAAUGCGAUAAUCCUGGGUAAUCUAUCUAUUACAAAACGCCUCCUAGGCCGUUUCCCGGAGCUUUGGCUUAAUAUUGACCCCAAUCAUGACGGUUGGUGUAACCUACAUUACGCGGCAUACCAUGGCCACUAUCUCAUCUGCUUCCAUCUAAUAACGAUGAUGAAGAAGUAUAAACGAGAUAUUCCAGGACAUGGAACAAUUUGCGAUAUUGACCUCGUUACGUUCAACAAUUCCACAUUAUUCCAUAUGCCUCUAGAACACCAUUACUCUCAAACGCUACACUACCUACUACAGGCAUUUUCAGGAAGCAAAUGGUUGGAUCAGAAGGGCGGAAGUGAUCUUCGAACCCCACUACAUUGUUGUUGUGAGUACGACUUCCUAGAAGGACUCAAUCUUUUUCUUGAGUUUGGUGCUGACUGGUCAGUACAAGAUAUAAACGGAGAUACGUGCCUACAUAUUUGCUUUGCUAACGGAAGCAUCUCAUGUCUCCAGGGUUUGGUGAAAAGUAUAGCCACCCGUAAAACAAUGACCACUUUGAGUAAAGAUCUCGAUGUGUCAUCUAAAGAGGAAGGCGGGCCUUCCCUCACAGCAUUGGUUCUGGAGGUCAAUGACCAGUUAUGUGUCCUUGAAGCGACACUCAAUACCCGUGGCUUCACUGCCUUUUUCCAGGCACUGUCCGAACUGAUCGUGACCCAAUACAAGACACAAAAGAUCCAAUGGAUAACACAAUGUGUUGAGAGCGAGUUGGCUUUGCACGAGAAUGUGCCCUCAGUAGUAUCCUCCGCAAACCUCACGAGUCUCAUGAAUGCAUCUUUUAGUACGCGUCCUCGUCUUCUGUCUGUCUCGAGCUCUGUCACUUCGUCGCUAGGACAUAUUGGCCAUGCAAUCUCCAGGUCGUCCUUAGAUUCUGAGACCCCUCCACCCAUUGCUACUCCACAAUUUGACUCUUUGGUCCUGCUGUCUGGCCCUGAAGUUAUCUCCUCGGCGCGAAACUCAGAGGCCGCCAGUACGGGGCGCAAACAUCUGUCAUCAUUACCAAACUCAAGUCAAACAGACAACAUUGUCUCUCAAAUUGCUUACGAUAAAACUACGCAGAUGCGCAAACAUUCAAAAUCUUUUGGCUAUGGAUAUCGUACAUCACCUAGCCAACUUCGCACGCCUAAAUUGAGUCUGACUCUGUCAAUGCAGCCUCCCAGUCCUCAUCCCUUCGAAUUUACAAGGAAUCAGUCUCUUAAGUCUAUAACAAUUUCACCACUGUCAAGGCAGAAUAAGCGCGUGGAUGUUGAUGAUGUUACAGAAGAGUCAGAGCUGGAAGAGUCUGUAGGUUCAAGUGAUUCGAGUAUUGUGUCGGCGUCUAGCUUGGCCGCUGUCACCCCAACAUCCUCUAAACUUCUAUCGCAGCAAUUUUUUUCUCCUCUCAAUUCACUGCGGCGGCGAAGCGUGUCUGCAACUCAAGUCCACACUGACUCCGCAAAGACAAGUGCAGAGGAUGUCAGUAUCCCGAAAUCUACUGGCAGCAGAUCAAAUUUGCCAUUUUUUAGGCGCAAUUUUUCAACUCCCACCUUCUCGCUGGAAGGGCCUCCUAUUGGAGAUGGAAGUCUGCCUAAGAAGUCUAGUAGAAGGCCUAGCAUUGGAGGAGAACCGGUGGGCAAACCCUCGUUGCGCUUGCUUAUACCUGAAAGUAACUCUUUGGCGAAACCAAAAACAUUUGCAUUGUCACCGUCUUCCAAUUCUGUGACCAGUGAUGACUUCACUACAGAACCUAGUCCUUCAACUCUUUCCGCGUACCGUGUCAAGCCGCUUUUGCAGCGGGUACCCAUAAAUCGAGUGGGUUCAAUAUUAGAAUCCUCCGAGGAGAAUAUGUCACCACAUCUCAGCGAGUCAGUUCAUAGCAUCAGUUUUACACGUGUACGAGGCGAGUGA